AUGACUAUCAAAGUUGGCAAUUUUUCGGGAAACAAGAAAAUCGAUGAAAAACACGAGGAUGUGGCUGAAACUGUGAGUUUUUUGAUUUUUUUAAAGCUGAAAAUUUAUUGAUUUUUUGCUUCAGAAGCCUCCACGUUUGAACAUGUCUCUCAAAACAAUCUUCAUCAUCUUCAUGUUACCACAAGUCUUAUAUUGGAUUGGUCAGAUCUAUAAAUUUGGGUGGACUCAGGAGCGCGCAUUGCCGCUGAUUUGGAAUUCUGUUACCACUCUUUCAGGUGAGUUUGGGUUACUGUAGGGGAUUUUGGCACAAUUUUUUUUCGAUGGGAUACUGUAGAUCUAGAUUAUUCAAAACUUCUUAAAUUCCAGUCAUCUUCAACAUUGGCGAAAUCAUGGCAAUAUUUGUGUUGUUACAAUUACGGUAUUACGUCCAAUUAAAUCCAAGUGUGUUUCAAACUAUUUUCAUUCCUUUUUUGACUCAACCUUUUGUUUUUUUCCUCGCCUUGCAUGCUUUUUACAUUUCCUAUUUUUACAUUUGUUUGGCACAAACUUUUCAUGUUUUGAAAGUUUCCUACAAAAAGAGAUUUGCGAUGAUUGUGAAGAAGAAGAAGAUGCAACCAUUGUAUGAUGUUUGA